AUGUGCUUGAGCGUGGUUAUUUCAUCAAAUGCACGCUGUAGGGAGUCAAGAGUGUGGAGGAGCAGGCAUUUUGAGGACUUACAGGAAGAGGAGAUAUGGGGUGGGGGAAGCUACAGGAUGGCAGGCAACACAGUAGGUUGGGCCGUGAUGGCCUCUGGGAAGCAGGGAGUGGGUGUGGAUGGAGUGAGUUAUGCGAUAAAAUCAAAGGCAGGUAUGAGUAAUUCUAUCCUGGCUUUACCAGGUAUUAAGCCACUGUUUGCCCUGUUCCCCCCACAUCAGCUGCAGUCCCACAAAAAGUAG